UAAGCCAAUUCGAUCCAAAAGGUCUCGUCUUUCCUCUGCGUUUUCCGGUGUUCAUAUUCGAGGCUGUGUUGUGUCUUCUUGGAGGCAUAGAAAAUCUCUAUGGGAGAAGCACCAGCUUUCUUUGUGGAUCAUCUGGAGAAUGGAUACACCAAUGGCUUUGGUGUCAAAUCCGAGCCUAAGAACAGAGAUACGUCUGUCCAAAUUGGGGAUCGAUCCUUUGUGAUUGGUGGAAAUCAUGAAGGAAACCCAUUGUUCCUUGGUGUUCAGAUUCAUGACAAAAUCACUAACAAGUGGUCUAGUCCUACUGUUCUUGGAACAGGCCCUAAACCCUGCAAGGGUUACUCUGCCAUUGUUCUUCCAAAAGGUCGGAUUUUGGUUAUCAAAAAAGGCUCAGCUUCUGAUGACUCCAUUUGGUUCCUUGAGGUGGAUACUCCUUUUAUCCGGGAACAAAAUAAAUUGCUUGGAAGAGAGGUUGUUGCUUGGAGUAAAGGAGUAAGGGGAAAUGCUGAGAAGCCUAUUGUUAUAAGCGGUCCUUCUGGAGUUGGAAAAGGAACACUUAUAUCGAUGCUAAUGAAGGAGUUUCCUUCAAUGUUUGGGUUCUCUGUGAGCCAUACAACUCGAGCUCCAAGGUGUAUGGAGAAGAAUGGUGUUCACUACCAUUUCACUGAUAAGACUGUUAUGGAGAAAGAAAUUAAAGACGGGAAGUUUCUCGAAUUUGCGUCUGUUCAUGGUAAUCUAUACGGAACCAGCAUUGAAUCCGUUGAGGUUGUAACUGAUUCAGGAAAGAGAUGCAUUUUGGACAUUGAUGUUCAAGGAGCGAGGUCAGUGAAGGCGAGUUCACUGGAUGCGAUAUUCAUAUUCGUCUGUCCUCCUUCAAUGAAGGAACUUGAAGAUCGGCUUCGUGCUCGAGGAACCGAGACAGAGGAGCAGAUCCAAAAGCGGCUUAGAAACGCUGAAGCAGAGAUCAAAGCGGGGAAAUCCUCUGGCAUUUUUGAACACAUUCUGUAUAAUGACAACCUUGAGGAAUGCUACAAGAACCUUAAGAACCUCUUGGGGAUAAACGACCUUGCUCCUGUGAAUGGUGUAGAAGUAGAAGGGAUCGAUCUGCCCAAGGAGCACACAGUAACAAAGAUGGAUGACAAGAUUUUGAUUCAAGAAACUGGAGAAGGAACCAAAAACAAAAUGAUCGUGUUGGAUCUAUCUUCAAUUAACGGGGGAGCACCGGGAAGAACAAGAGGGAUCGUUCUGGACACGGUUAAGUCCAGUUGACAAUGAGUCUUUUUAUUUCGCUGCGGGAAGCUAAGGAGGAAACAUUUAGAUGAUGAUGAUGAACAUUGCUCGUUGUUUUAUGACUGUGGUUGGAAGGUAGUGUUAUGCGAUCACUAGAUAGACACUGAUGAUGAUGAUGAUUAUGGUUCUUAUGAUUAUGAUUUCAAGAAAGUCAUGAUCUCUUCUGAGAGAUGAUGGAAUAAGGUUUUUUUGUUCAUUUUACUGAUAAAGAUUUUGUUUAAUC